AUGGACGGUAGGGAUGACAAAGAACGGCAGCUAGCUUCGGAGUUUCAAACACGGCUCGAACCACUACCACCACCAUCUACCACCACCGUCUAUACCCCGCCCUUUCCUUUCUUCAAGCUCGCAGCAGUGUCCAAACCCAGCAACACAAUAUUACCUUCCGGCGAGACAACAGACCCCCUAAUCCUCACAAUACUCGAAGUUUACAACGAACUCGAAGAUCUCAUGCGUCGGCUAGAACUCACCAUGACCUCUGAACUCGACAAGACCCUGGAAUUGGCCGAAAAAGUAAUAGCACAGUGCAAAGACUCUCGACAGAGAGAAUCUUUCCUUCUUGAACUGGCGGCGGAAAUCGUGGAGACGAAGGUUGAAGUGCGUAGAGCGUUUGGUGAAGACUCUCCUGCGUACAGGAUUCUAGUCCUGCAUGAAAGGCGGAUCAAUUAUCGGUUGAAGACCGCGAGGAUCGUUCGCCUGCUCUUGUCCAAAUAUCUCUGGCUCGUGGUACUCUCUCUGUUUCUGCUCUGGUUUCUAUUUCGGGUCAAAGGUCUAGCUUGACUGUCCCGUUUUCGUGGCUGUAUUACACCAUUCUCUGUAUAACUUUUCUGAGAG